UCUCGGUCGGGCAAGGUCUUUCUCCAGCAAACUAGCUCCACGUUCUUGUCAAAGGCUGUAUCUGAAGACAGAGAAAAUGGAACAGGAGAAAUCCUUUAAAUUUAAAUUGUUCGUACCACCAAGGCUGAGUAAUACCCAGAUAUCUGCAGUCAAACCACAGACAAACACACGAGAUGGAGGAUUGUUUCAGGAUUUUAGCAAGGGAACUGAAGAUGAUUGUAACUUGCCUUUUGGAGUGAAAAGUAUGUCAAAACAUACAGAAGUCAUAGAACCAGUUUCACCGAAAGUAAAACUUGUCUCUAAGAUAGAUCAGGAGAACAUGGAGACAAUGAAUGAGCUUUAUUCAAGGCUUUAUAAAGAAGCUGAAAAGAUCAAGAGAUGGAAAAUCAAUAUAGAAUACGAAGUAAAGGAAAAGGAAAGAAAACUGCAAGAAAAUAGAAAGAUAAUAGAAGCACUACGUAAAGCCAUUCAAGAAUUACAGUUUGAAAAUGAAAAGCUAAGCCUAAAACUGGAAGAUGAAAUACGUGAAAAUAAAGAUCUUCUACAAGAAAAUAGUGCUACAAGACAUUUGUGCAACUUACUCAAAGAAAGGUGUAUGCAGUUGUUGGAGAAGUCUAACAAAUAUGAACAUGAACAGGAAGAAACGAGACAGAUGUAUGUGGAUCUUAACAAUAACAUUGAGAGAAUGAUACAGGCCUUUGAAGAACUUCGUGCACAAGCAGAACGCUCCAGAUUGGAGUUGCAUGUUAAAUUAAAAGAAGAAGCAGAAAAAACAACAGAGCUUGAAAAAGAAUACAAAAGAGAGAUAAAUGCCAUGGAAAAACAGGUAUCAGAAUUGGCUGUGCAAAAUGGUGAAAAAGAUAAUAAAAUGAAACACUUAAACAUACAGUUACAAGAAUCAAGAGAGCUAAUUGAUGAGUUAGAAGAAAUAAAAAAACAACAUGAUGAAGUGCUUAAAAAAGCACAAAGCAAACAAGAGGGCUUAUUGACAGAACUGGAAGAAACUAAAAGUUCUUUGCAAAAUGCAGAGAAUUCUUGUAAGAGUUUAGAAACCGAGUUGCAAACUGCAGUAAAAACAUUAAUUCAAGUAACUGAACAAAAGGAAGUAACAGUAGAAGAACUUAAAGAAUUUAAAGAAAAAAGUGCAUCAGUUAUUGAUGAUCUCCAAACUAAAGUUUCUAAUUUGAAGGAACAGCUAGAAAAAGAAGAAAGGAGACAGAAGGAACUCAGGGAUGAGUCAGAUAUAUUGGUUUUGGAACUCCAAAAGAAAUCAGCUGAACUAGAAGUGAUGGCCAAAGUGAAAAAUGAUAAAGAAAAACAAAUUGAAGAAAUGGAAAAAUCCUUGGUGCUUUUAGAUGAAAAACAAAUUCUUGAAAAAAACAUUGAGAAAUUACAAGAAAGAGAAAAUGAGCUGAAAGAUAGUGUUCAGAUCAGAGAGAUGCAGUCACCACAGGUCUCUGCCAUAUCUCAAAACACCAUGGACCAAUAUGUAGGCCAUGAGACAAAUCCUUCCUGCUCCCCAAAUCCCUUUGAUGUAGCUAGAGGCAGAUGUUGUGAUGACACUUCAUAUGGGGAGGAGUCACCCUUCGCUGAACAUGCUGAUGGAGAUGAAUGGAGUGACUCUUCAGAACAUAAGGAGGAUACAUCGUAUCACUUGUUUAAUGGAUCAGAUUAUCAACCUCUAGCUCGCAGGCUGGCCGUUCCUGGCAUAGACGAGCCAAUCGCCAACCUAGUUUUGCGAUCUCUUUUGCCUACAGAAGGAGAAUCUCAACUCAAGGAUGCUACUGAGCGAAAAUUGGACUUCGCUCUACGCAAAAAUCACGAGGCCACUGCCUUCUCCAUGCGGGCCUCCGCAUCAGCGUUAAAGAAUGAGCAGCUAGGUCUGGAAUGGAACAGACUUUUAUUGGACAAAGAACACAUUGCAACAGAGAAAAAUAAUAUAGUUGCUGAAUUUAAAAAACUUCAAGAAGAUCUUAAGACACAUGCACAAGUCACUGUUGCACCUCAGCGGAAUGUUUGCAGACAACCUGAGGAUCUGGGCCACUAUGUACACAAUGAGGCAGACCCAUCAUGCUCCCCAAACCCUUUUGACAUUGCCAGGGGCAGGUUUGUCGAUGACGUCUCUUGUGGGGAGGACCCACCAUAUGCCAUGCAAGCCGAAGGUGACGACUGGAGUGACCAGUCGGAACAAGAGGAAGACACAUCAUAUCGUCUGUUUGACACCUCUGAUUAUCAGCCCCUUGCUCGCAGGCGGAGCACUACCUUCCAGUGCCAGACCCUAUUGCUAAGCUGGCCAAGGACGAAUGGUCUCACCCAUUACAAACAUGCCGUUUCAACGCCCUUGCGGACAAGCUUUACUCUUUGGCUCCUGAGUUCACCAACAAACUGGCCGUCCCUGGCAUAG